AGGUACAUUGCUGUGUAAGCGUUGCGAAACUACACGCAACGAACGGGUGACGACAUUUAGGAUGAAAGCUGUAAGGCCGUUCUUUGCUCGAGCUGCCAAGAAGUGUAAAUAUUCAUAUGAGGGGGAAGUACAUCAGACUUCUGCUGGAAAACAGUUCGGAAGGAAAUCUACCGAAAUAAACGACGCAAUGGAAGCCAUGAGCAGUGCAUCAUUGGUAGACAUGCAAGUCCCUGAAGUUAGCAGUGCUGGGAACUUGAAUCAACAUGAGACUCCUAUUAAAAACAAUUCAGCCAACUCCACAUAUUGCAGACCUGUUUAUCCAUCAACAACAACUAUCAAACCAGUACAGUCAAGUCAAGAUGAAGAGCAAAAUGCUUCAAGUGGCUCUUAUCAAGAAUACUGCUCUGAAAGUAUGGAACCCUUGCAGCAGCCGUGUUUUACAUCUUCAGAUAAGUUGGGACGUAGGUGGCACAAUUUGCGAAGAAAAUGUUAUCGGCCACAGAGAAACCAGAACUUUACUUUUAAAGUAGUUUCUUACAAUGUACUUGCUGAUGGUUUACUGCAUUCCAACAGCCAUCUGUACUGUGGAUCUGAAGAGUGGCUGAAAGAUUGGGAGUACAGACGGAAAAAUCUUCUGAAAGAAUUGCUAUCCUACAAGGCCGAUGUUUUGUGUCUUCAAGAAGUUGAAGAUAGUCAUUAUGAGGACUGGUUUGAACCUAAGCUGAGAGAGAAAGGUUAUACUGGAGUGUACAAGAAAAGAAGUGGUGAUAAAACAGAUGGAUGCGCUACAUUUUUCAAGAAAUCAAGAUUUACGUUAGUGAAAUCAGAACUUGUCUCCUUUAAUAAACCAAACGUGAAGCUUAUGGAUCGUCAUAAUGUAGCUGUUGUGGUUCUUUUGAAACCAAAAGUUCCAGGCCGCUCAUCUUGCAAUUCAAACAAUCUUGUAUGCAUCUCAAACACUCAUUUACUUUUCAACAAAAAAAGAGGAGACAUCAAACUUGCCCAACUUGCCUGCUUAUUUUCAGAAAUUGAGGAAAUAGCAAGAAUCUCCUCUUCUGGUCAAAGAAAUGCAGCCUAUCAUCCCAUCAUUUGUUGUGGAGAUUUCAACAGUACUCCAUUUUCACCAAUCUAUGAUUUUGUUAUGCGAGGGUCUCUUAAUUACAAAGGCAUGCAUCGUGAUAACUUUUCUGGGCAAAGUCAUGUGCGCAGGAGUUACCCUCCAAGUCAGGAAUUAAGAAGUAAUAUUAUUCCUUGGGAACUAGGAAUCACAACAACAUGCACCAAGAGAAAUGAGUCAACAGAAGUAGAGAGUGUUUUAAGUAUUGAUUGUGAGAAAGUUGAUUUGCAACCCUCAGGAGUGGAGCCCCUCUCUACAGGAUCUGCAUCUUGUGUGUCAGCAUCAAAGAGUGUGUUACCAUUUGAGAAGAGUAGACAACAUUUUUCAUUGUCUAGACAGGCUGGUAAUUGUGCUCACUUGCCAAGAAAUCACCAUUUAGGAUCUCUCUGUUUCAAUCCAGAACCUGGUUCAAGCACUAAACUUCAGUCAGAUGUACAUGGAAGAAUAUCACUGCAAAACACUCAGCCAUCCUCUUUAAACUCCACAGAAAAUGAGAAUGUUUCACGGGAAGAAGCACAAAGCAGUACACAUCUUUUGGCAAAAAUGACUGAAAAAAGUGUAUACGAUGCUACCACAAUCCAACGGCACAAUUUUUCUGAUGUGUUUAGUGUGUACAGGCAUUACUUUCAAGAUGGGCAGCCAGAAGUGACAACUUUUCACGAUCAAGUGUGCACUACUGUAGACUAUAUAUUUGUUUCUCCUGGACGGCGGCAGAACUGCCAAAGGUGUCACCGCCGUCAUGGAUCCCUACAGAUGACAGGGAACCUUGAGUUGCUGUCAGAAAGUGAUAUACAGACUCUUGGUGGCCUCCCAAAUAAGUAUAUCUCAUCUGAUCAUCUUGCACUAGUUUCUUCAUUUUUGUUACAUGUUUGAAACACAAGACAACCCCUAAAAUUUACCCAGCACAAUGGAGGAGUUUUGUCUCCACAUUUUUGUAAUUAUUGAUUUGUACAAAGGUGAGGGUUUGGUAUGAAAUACAAAUUGUGAUUUUCAUAUCAGUUGUAUUCCUGGUGCAAGAAGGAACUUGUUUUUAUCUUCUCCAGCAAUUUCUUAGAAUUCAUAAAGAUUUCAACAGAGGAUGAACAUUACAAAUCAUUGGGUUCAACUUUCUUGUGUAAAUGUCUUUAAUAACUUCUCAGGACAGCUGUUCAACUUUCUUGUGUAAGUGUUUUUAAUGACUUCUCAGAACAGCUGUUUUUAUGCAUGUUAAAAGAGAGUAGUUUUGACUAAGAAUUUUUUUUAAGCUGU